AUGCUGCGGAGCGGGCUCUUGCGGUUUUUUAUACUGGUCGCGCUGGGCACGAUAGGGAUUUGGGGUCGUGAAGGUGGAGAUGGAGAAGGGGGCAUCAACUUGGCAUCCCGGGGAGUGGCACGAGUGCCGAGAGACGACGAGCCAUUGUUAUGGAAUAACUUCAAGCAUGUCUCUCUUGGGAAAGAUGACGCAGUAGAAAGACUUCUGGUGGAAAGGGUACCCGACCCAACGAGGGGAUAUCCUAGAGAACAGGCCGCGCCAGCUUUAAGCACGCCCAAACCGACAGCACCGCCACAGAAGCGUCAGGAUGAUGGACAGAUACAGGCGCUCUCGUCACAGUUGCGAUCGCUUUCAGAGUCUGCUACCCAAGCCAUAUCGUCCGUUUCCUCGAGCGCCUCUUCGGCUAUGAGCCUUGUAUCUCAAUCCAUACAAUCCGUUCGACAGUCCGCAGACCAAGCGGUCCGGUCUGCUAACCAGAAUGCCGACAACGCUAACCGACAGCUAUCUCAGACCCAGUCGUCAGCUUCAAGCGCUGUCUCUGCCGCUACCCAGCGAGCCAGCGAUGACAUGUCACGCUCAUUAUCGAGUAUGAGCAGUCGUAUUUCUUCCAACCUAGCUAGCGUCCAAAGCAGCGCGAGCAGUGCCAUAAGUGUUGCUCGGGUAGAGGCAAGUUCAAGUGCGGCGAAUGCCGUAAACAUAGCUGCUAGUCAAGUUCAGGGAGCAAGAGCUGACGCGACUGGCGGUGAUGCGAGUUCUGGCGCGACACAGGCGCAAUCUAAUUCGAUUUCAACUACGACUCUUGCCAUAAUAAUCACCGCAUCAGUCGUCGGAACUGCCAUACUCACCGCUAUCGCUGUAUUUUCCAUUGUUCGCUAUCGGCGCAAGAAACGAGGUGGUCGUGAAGCUGAAGUCCCAACUAUAGCUACGAAUGAUCGCGAAGUACAACAAUAUGAGAGGCCGAUUGCGGUCCGCGAAACCUUAGAAUCAGCGAUACCUCGCUUCACACCAUUUGGCGGAGGGACGGGCUAUCCCAUGGACAAGUUCAAUCUUCCUGACUUGAGUCUAACUCCCUUCCUGAAGAAGAAGACCAAUGAAGAAACCCCGAGUACUGUCGGCUUUGCGAGGAACAGCUACCCUUCUACAGAUGGUGGGGAGGUACCAGCCAGUAACGACGUCUACGGUGUUUCGCCGACGAGCUUUAGACUACAAAAAGAAAACAACAUCAAACGUGCAACAAGCGUGAGAAUAAUCAGAGUAGGCAGCACUAAAGGCAAGGCUAAAGCAUCGGAGGACCAAAGGGCCCUUUUGAGCCCUACACCGUCAAUACCUCGUGUGCCGACGCCAUCAUCAUUUGCAGAAUCAACACAAGAGCCAGCACUUAUAUCACCAGAAAUACAACAGCAAUUUCCUGAUCCACCUUCACCGGCGAAGCCGCCACCUGCAGAACUUCCACCAGUAGCUACUCGACCUGUCCAAGAUCCAGAGAUGGAGGAACCUGGCCUGGGCCCAAUGAAGCAUACGACAACUAUGAAUAGUCAACAACGUCUCCGUUUCCGCGACAGUAGCGACGUGGAGUCAGCAGAACCAUCCCCAGCUAGCUGGCAAGCGUCGGCCGCUCCCAGUGCUAUGCGGAACACGAACACAGCUAGCCUGCGUGCUAUUACGGAUGGAAGCGAUCUGUCGCCGUCCCGACGACCUAAGAAUGCCGGCGCUAGCUUUGCUACGUUCCCCAGGGUACGCAACGGUCCGCCUAAGGGCUCUGCCGCCGAGGCAAUCUUGAACAGGAAUCGUAUCGGGCUAGACGGGAUCACGGCGAGGGCACGUGAGGAAGCAGAGCGCAGGCGGCGCGGUCUAGAUGAAGGUAGCGGUGACGAUGCUACGCGGGUUGUGGAGAAUAGGGAUGGACCCGCGCCGAACUGGCCUUUUGGGAAUUCUUGA